GUGAAAGGGAAGGAUGGAGUUGGUGCUGUUAUGGAUUCUAUGGAGCUGGAACGCCAGAGAGGUAUCACUAUUCAGUCUGCUGCCACCUAUACCAUGUGGAAAAACAUGAACAUCAACAUAAUUGACACCCCAGGGCAUGUGGAUUUCACAAUUGAAGUGGAGAGAUCACUAAGGGUAUUAGAUGGGGCUGUUCUUGUUUUGUGUGCAGUUGGAGGGGUUCAGUGCCAAACUAUGACCGUGAACAGACAGAUGAAGCGAUACAAUGUCCCUUUCUUAACAUUCAUUAACAAGCUUGACAGGCAAGGCUCUAAUCCUGUUAGGGCACUGCAGCAGCUCAGGUCCAAACUGAGCCACAAUGCAGCACUGAUCCAAAUUCCUAUCGGACUUGAGAGUAACUUUAAAGGAAUCAUAGACCUCGUUGAAGAACAAGCUCUAUUUUUUGAUGGAGAUUAUGGGCAGCAUGUGCGGUAUGAAGAUAUUCCUGCUGAGUUCAGAGCAGAGGUUGCAGAUAGGCGGCAGGAGCUGAUAGAAAGUGUGGCCAAUUCAGAUGAAAUUCUCGGAGAAAUCUUUCUAGAGGAGAAAAUCCCUUCUGUUGCUGACCUAAAGUUGGCCAUCCGAAGAGCUACGCUAAAGAGGGUAUUUACACCUGUUCUGGUGGGAAGCGCCUUGAAAAAUAAGGGUGUCCAACCUCUUCUGGAUUCUGUGGUAGAUUAUCUACCAAACCCUGCUGAGGUGUCCAACUAUGCCAUUCUCAAUGAAAAAAAAGGAGAACAGUCUACAAAGAUACCGAUGAGCCCUGUCAGGGAUGGCUCUCAGGCAUUUGUUGGACUGGCAUUCAAACUAGAGGCUGGUCGCUUUGGUCAGCUGACAUACGUCCGUGUGUACCAGGGAUUGCUGAAAAAGGGGGAAUACAUUUACAAUACAAGAACUGGAAAGAAAGUUCGAGUACAGAGGCUUGUACGUCUUCAUGCUGACGUAAUGGAGGAUGUAGAUGAGGUCUAUUCAGGUGACAUCUGUGCAUUGUUUGGGAUUGACUGUGCAAGUGGAGACACUUUUACCAGCAAAUCCAAUGACAACCUAUCUAUGGAGUCCAUCCAUGUACCAGAUCCGGUUAUCUCUGUAGCAAUGAAACCGGUCAACAAGAAUGAUCUGGAUAAGUUCUCUAAAGGUAUUAAUCGUUUUACAAGAGAAGACCCAACUUUCAGAGUGCAUUUUGAUAACGAGAGCAAGGAGACCAUUGUUUCUGGCAUGGGAGAGCUGCAUCUGGAGAUCUAUGGUCAGAGGAUGGAGAGAGAAUACGGCUGUCCUUGCACUAUGGGCAAACCGAAAGUUGCAUUUAGGGAGACUGUCAACCAAAAAGUGCCGUUUGACUUCACCCAUAAGAAGCAGUCUGGAGGAUCAGGCCAGUACGGUAAAGUCAUUGGCUAUAUUGAGCCUCUUGACCCGGAAGAAAACACUAAGCUGGAAUUUGAAGACAAAACAGUUGGAACAAAUGUCCCCAAACAGUUUAUACCGGCUGUGGAGAAAGGUUUUCGUGAUGCAUGCGAAAAGGGUCCAUUGUCUGGACAUAAGAUUUCUGGCAUACGAUUUGUCCUGGAAGAUGGUGCUAAUCACAUGGUGGAUUCCAAUGAAUUCUCCUUCAUGAGAGCAGCUGAAGGAGCCGUAAAACAAGCUAUGGAGAAUGCAUCUGUGGCCAUCCUGGAACCAAUAAUGUCUGUGGAAGUUGUAACCCCGCAUGAAUUCCAGGGAACGGUCAUUGCAGGUCUUAACCGCAGGCAUGGUGUGAUUCUGGGUCAAGAUGGCUCAGACGACUACGGCACUAUCUAUGCUAAUGUUCCACUGAAUGAUAUGUUUGGAUAUGCAAAUGAACUGCGAUCAUGUACAGAGGGGAAGGGUGAAUAUACUAUGGAGUACCAGAAGUACCAGCCUUGCUUAGCCAGUGUGCAAGAAGAACUAAUAAACAAGUAUCUGGAGGCAACGGGCCAGCUUCCAGUGAAGAAAGGAAAGUAUAAGAAUUGAUCUUGCUUCUGAUCUUCUUUCAGAGACUUGAGCCCAGCUCUGCUUUAUAUUUUCUACAAAGAUUUCCCACCAAUCGCC